AUGCCCGCCACCACAGCAGAGACGCUGUCGCUCGUGACCCGCAACGUCUCGGUUGCGCCGCUUGUGCUCCUCUCCGCAGCAGAUCACUACGGCCGCCAAGCGAAGGGAACAAGGAAACGUGUAGUUGGUGUGCUUUUGGGGCAGAAUGAUGGCAAGAACGUGCGCGUGUCAAACAGCUUCGCUGUGUGGCAGCAAGCUAACAAUCGCCCAGUACCAUUCGAAGAGGACGAGAAAGACCCUUCAGUAUGGUUCCUAGACCACAACUACGUCGAGUCGAUGAACGACAUGUUCAAGAAGGUCAACGCACGAGAGAAGCUCAUUGGGUGGUAUCACACAGGCCCCAAGCUUCGCGCAUCAGAUUUGGAGGUCAACGAGCUGUUCAAGCGAUACACACCGAACCCGCUUUUGGUCAUCAUCGAUGUGCAGCCGAAGGAGGUCGGCGUGCCUACAGACGCCUACUUCGCGGUUGAGGAGAUCAAGGACGACGGCACAACUACCUCCAAGACCUUCGUACACACACCAUCGAUAAUCGAAGCCGAAGAAGCCGAAGAGAUUGGUGUCGAGCACCUUCUCCGUGACAUUCGCGACGUCGCUGUCGGCACCCUCUCCACACGCAUAACCUCACAACUGCAGUCGCUACAAGGGCUGCAUCUGCGGUUACGGGACAUCGGCCAGUACCUGCAGAAGGUUCUUGACGAGGAUCUGCCGGUCAACCAUGCCAUUCUUGGCAACCUACAAGACGUCUUCAACCUGCUCCCCAACCUGUCAACGCCCAAGGCCGCACCUGUGGGUGGCGCUACCAACGGUGUCGGCUCUGCGGCGGGCGCAGCAGGUGCCAUCGACAAUGGCGAGCUCGCAAGAGCAAUGAGCGUCAAGACGAAUGACCAGCUCAUGGCCAUCUACCUGUCAAGUUUGAUCCGCGCCAUCACCGCCUUCCACGACCUGAUCGAGAACAAGAUCAAGAACAAGCAAGAGGCUGGCAAAGAGGAAGGCAAGGAUGGCGAGAAGGAAAAGAAGGCCGAGACACCCAACGGGGAGACCAAGGAGGGUGACAAGAGCAAAGAGAAGGCCAAGGAGCCCGAGAAGAAGAAGUGA